AUGGCUUCGACCACUUCAUCGCAGCCUCAACAAAUCAAUGUUGCUGAUCUCGACCUCCAACAGUUAUCUGAUGUGCGCCGUCAGCUAGAAGAGGAACUGAACCACCUCACGAAUUCAUUCGCACAGCUGAAACAGGCACAAGCGAAGUUUAAGUCAUGUAUUGAGAAUGUCGGAGAAGUCAAACCUCAAAACAAGUCUCGGGCCCAAGCCACAAAAUAUUAUGAAACAAAAGUGGAAUAUAUUCGCACCAAUCUCGAUACGUUACAAGAAACGAUACAGAAGCAGGAGAAUAUGAACUACCUGAUUAAUGUAAUGCAAGCUAAACUACAGCAGUCCCAGACACAGCCCAUCAAAGCCUGA